AUGGCAAAUGUGCAUGGAGUCCCAGCUGAUCUGCUUAAUGAGAAGGAAAAUGAUCCAAUUCUACAUGAUGAGAAUCAAAAUGUCAACUUAACAAAGGAACAAUAUGGGCUGAUAAUGAGUUUGCUACAACAUUUCCAGACAGGCAACACAGGAGGAUCUCCCAGCAAUGCUAACAUCACUAAUGGUGCUGUCAACUUUGCAGCUUCUAAGGAUAUUUUCAUAUAUAAUGUCUUAAAAUCAGUCUCCUUUCCUACUUACAUUGAGGGUGACAUUCCACAUCCUGGUGUUCAAAGUUCUGCAGAUAUCACAUCUCCAGUUGUGUAUGUUGAUGAUGUUUUCAUCACUGGUAUUGAUUCAGUGGAGAUAGAUAACUUAAAGGCAUUCUUUGACAAACAAUUUAGAAUCAAGGGCCUAGGGAGACUUUACUACUUCUUGGGCUUAGAGGUCCUUUACAAGCCAGAUGGUGUUAUCAUUUCUCAAAGAAAGUUUGCCUUAGACUUGUUAAAGGAGUAUGACUACUUUGCCUACAGCAUCUUAUCUUCCCCUCUUGAUCCUACUUUGAAAUUGAAGGCUAAUGAAGGCACUCUUCUCCCAGAUCUCACAUAUUAUAGAAAAUUAGUGGGCAAACUGAACUUCCUAACUGACACCAGGCUAGAUAUAGCAUACAAUGUACAGCUCCUCAUCCAAUUCAUGCAAGCACCUAGAGAUACACACUUGACUGCAACUUUUCAUCUUCUUAUAUACCUCAAGAAGGAUCCCACACUAGGUAUAUUUUAUUCCAACAACAGUGGUUAUUCCAUUUUUGCAUAUUGUGACUCUGACUGGGCAGCCUGUCCUGACUCUAGGAGAUCUAUUACUGGUUAUAUUAUUCCGGUAGGAGAUAGUCCCAUCAGCCGAAAGUCCAAGAAAUAA